AACAACAUCUCUCUCUUUUCUUCCCUCUCUAUUUUCUUCUUCUUGUCAUUUUUUCUUCCUGAAAUUCUAUUCUCUUCUUCUUUCUCUCUCCUCCAACCUCAAAAUAAAGGAAGCUGGUCAAUGGAGGAGCAGCUUCCUCUCUUAAUCUCCACUUAAAUUUACAAUAAUAAAAAAACAAAUCAAACCCAAAAAAAUUAAAAAUUUGAAAUUUUGAAUCUGGGGUUUUUCUGGGUUGUUUACAUAAAAAUCUGGGUACCAUGGAUCUACGCAUUUUAAUGGUUUUAUGUAUUUGCAUUUUGCAAAGUUUUCAACUUUCAAUGGUUUCAGGAAAUGCAUUUUUUAAGGUAGAACAUAAAUAUAAAGGUACCAAAAGAACGUUGAAGGAGCUUAGAGCACAUGAUGUUCGCCGCCAUGGAAGAAUGCUUGCUGCCAUUGAUCUUCCUAUGGGUGGUAAUGGGAAGCCUUCUGAUGCUGGGCUAUACUUUACGAAAAUUCAGAUUGGAAAGCCUCCUAAGGAGUAUCAUGUACAGAUUGAUACAGGAAGUGAUGUUUUGUGGAUUAACUGUGCGGGAUGUGACAAUUGUCCCAAGAAAAGUGGGCUAGGAAUAAAACUGAAUUUAUAUGAUCCCAAAGGUUCAUCUACGGCCAAAUUAAUCAACUGUGAUGAUUCGCAGUGUACUAUGAUAUACCAGGGAACUCUAUCUGGUUGCCAAUCAGAUAUGCCUUGUCAAUAUGAAGUUACUUAUGGUGAUGGGAGCACAACUUCUGGAUACUUUGUUGAAGAUGCUUUUCAUUAUGAUCAAGUCUCUGGAGAUUCGCCAGCAACUAGUGGGAACACCUCUGUAACUUUUGGGUGUGGGGCUAACCAAUCUGGUCAGCUCAGUGCAAGUGAUGAAGCACUUGAUGGCAUAAUUGGUUUUGGACAAGCAAACUCAUCUAUUCUUUCACAGCUUGUUGCAGCUGGAAAGGCACAAAAUAUGUUUUCUCAUUGCCUGGACAAUCAAAAGGGAGGUGGAAUCUUUUCCAUCGGGCAACUUGUCGAGCCAAAGCUGAAUAGUACUAAAUUAAUACCGAACCAGGCACAUUACAAUAUUGUCAUGAAAAGUAUAGAGGUGGCUGGUGAGGUUCUACAACUUUCUACAGAGACCUCUGGGAGCGACAGAGGCGCAAUUAUUGACAGUGGUACAACUUUGGCAUAUCUUCCAGAUGAUGUUUAUGACAAGAUCGUUGACACGAUUCUCUCCAAGCAGCCGAAUUUACAGUUACAUACUGUCGAGGAUCAAUUCAAAUGCUUUGAAUUCGCUGGAAAAAUCGAUGAUACAUUCCCACCUGUUACCUUCCAUUUUGCAAAUUCUCUCAACUUGAAAGUAUAUCCUCAUGAAUAUUUAUUUGCGCUAAAUGAUGGCGAUGAUAAAUGGUGCGUUGGUUGGAUGAACAGCGGCUUACAGUCUCGAGAUGGAAAAGAUGUUACUAUCUUGGGAGAUAUUGUACUGACUGGCAAAGUGGUGUUUUAUAACCUUGAGAAACAAACUAUCGGAUGGACCGAAUACAAUUGUUCGUCAAGCAUCAAAGUAAAGGACGCAGAGUCAGGAUCUGUGUAUACUCAUACGUAUCAAUCCAGUGGACAAACAAGAAGCUCCAGUUACCUUCACAAUCUAUGGCUUUGGGCUUAUGUUUCUGUAUUAGCAGCACUUGCAGCAUUUUCUUAAUCCUUCUAUAAUAUUACAUAGAAAAGUAAAUGACAAUUGAUUUUUGAAAAUUGGAAAUACAUAUUUUUAUACAACUA